AUCCUUGUUGAUUAGUGUGAAGAAGCAAAGAACACAAUCACUAAGGAUGGUUGACGUUGUUGUCUCCUUCGUAGUGGAUAGACUUGGUGAUCUUCUCGUCGAACAAGUUGUUUUUCUACGAGGAGUGAAAGAUGAUGUUGUAUGGUUGAGAGACAAAUUGCAGUAUAUGUUGUGUUUCUUGAAAGAUGCAGAAGAACAGCAAAAUUCCGACAAUCGGAUGCGCAAGUGGAUAACCGAUAUCAGAGAUGUUGCUUAUGAGGCCGAGGAUAUUAUUGACAACUUCCUCCUUAAAGUAGAAGCAGGGACUCCAAAGAAUAUGGGGUUAAAAGAUUGCUUUGAGAAGUAUUUUUGUAUUUGCAGCAAACAUGCUAGCCUCAUCCAACAAGGAAAUCUGUAUGGUAUUGGGCAGGAAAUAAACAAACUGAAGACCAAGCUCACUCAGAUCAACCAAAGUCGAGAAAUUUUCGGUAUAAGAAGUAUUGACGAUGCAAGAGAAGGAUCAAACCGAGAAAGCCCAUAUAAAGACAAUGAGCAUGUUGUAGGCUUCAAGGAGGAUGCGGACAAAUUGACAUAUGAACUUGUCAAGGAAGUGAAAGAUCGGUAUGUGAUAUCAAUUGUGGGCACCGGUGGCUUGGGUAAGACGACUUUAGCUCGAAAGCUUUACAACACUCUUUGUCGUACACAAAAAUUUGAUGAAUAUGCUUGGCUUUCUGUGUCUGCUGAUUACGAAAUCCAAGAUCUUCUUCGAUCAACAAUGAAAUCUUUCAAAAGGCCAACCACCAAAGAGGAAUUAGAGUUUCUAGAGAAGAUGAAAGAAGAAGAUUUAGAGCAUCAUUUGCGUGAUUACUUGAAAGGACGUCGAUAUUUGGUGGUGCUUGACGAUGUAUGGGACGUAAAUGCUUGGACAAGCUUGAUGAGAUCGUUUCCAAAUGAGAACAAUGGAAGCAGAGUAAUCAUGACAACCCGAAACAAAGAGGUUGUCGAGGCUAGCGAUGAGAGAACAUAUGUCCAUGAGCUUCCAUUUUUAAAGGACGAAGAAAGUUGGGAAUUAUUUUGUAGUAAAGCAUUUCCUAACUAUAGCAAUGAGGUUGGAGACGAAGAAAGUCGUUGCCCUCCAUACUUGGAGAGUUUGGCGAGAGAGAUGGCUAGCAAAUGUCGUGGCUUACCCCUAGCCAUAGUCGUAUUGGGUGGUCUACUGCGAAGAAAAGAUCCUGACAAGUGGCCAAAGUUCAAAGAUCACAUGUGGCGCCAUGUAAGGGAAGAUGAAUCACAUUGUGUUCCAGUUCAACAUAUAUUAGCUUUAAGUUUCAACGAUUUGCCUUCUCGAUUGAAGUCAUGCUUUCUUUACUUUGGUUUGUUCCCAGAAGACUUUAAAAUUGAUGCCGAGAAACUUUGUCGAUUGUGGGAGGCAGAGGGUUUCAUAAAACGAGGCAAAGAAUCUGUUGAGGAGGAGGAGGAGGAGGCGGAGGAGGCGGCGGCGGCGUAUUUGAGAGAGCUAAUUGAUAGAAGUUUGAUUCAAGUAGUGAAAAUAAACUGGAGGAGAAUCAUAACAUGCCGAGUCCAUGAUCUGCUCCGUGAUUUUGCAAUCGAAAAGUCGAAGGAGCUAAAUUUUCUUCAAAUCUACGGACGAAGACUCGCUGGCAGCAGUCGAAGACUAGCUUUUGAUAAUGGACUUGAGAGGUCUGUUUCGUUGGACAGGUCAUAUAUGCAUUUACGAACCCUCUUGUUUUUCAACUUACAAAAUGAAGAUUUGAAAACAGCACAGUUACAAUCCUUAUGUAGGAAGUGGAGAUUACUGAGAGUGUUAGAUCUUGAGCACCGUCAACCCGAAGGAAUAGAGAAGCAAAAACUAGACGAUGAAAUCAGGAAAUUGAUUCACUUGAGGUACCUGCGGUUAUGUGGCACCUAUAUAAAUGCACUCUCACAGUUUAUAGGUAAUUUGCAUGCCUUGGAAACCCUAGAACUGAAUACAAGUCGGUACCCUGAUCAUCCAAUACAGUUACCUGAUGAGAUAUGCGAAGCAAAGCAACUCAGACAUUUAAUUGGAUGUUUCAGGUGGCCGUUUCGAGUUGACAAUAUGAAAAAUCUUCAAACUCUCAAAAAGGUUUUUGUCGAGGACCAAAUGGAAUUUAACCCAAUGGACAUGAUCAAUCUUCACGAGCUUCACGUAUAUUAUGUUCGAAAGGAUCGAAAGAGAUGUACACUAGAUUCUAUUAGUGGAUUAAGAAGCCUCCAAUCACUGCAGUUAGAAGUUUUGGUAGAGGACAGAAAUCACCUACCUGAGGUCCACUUGCACCCGCUCUCCCACUGCCAACCCUUCCUCCAAUUGAAGUUGCUCUGCGGGCACAAAAACGAGACCUCAGCAAAUUGGAAGUUUCCAACAGAUGGGAAUUUUCCAAAUCUCAAGUACCUGUUAUUAUAUUCUAACGGUGUUACUGAAGAUCCUAUGCCAAUGUUGGAGAAGCUUCCAAAAUUGACAGUUCUUGUGUUGUUUUGGUAUCGUAAAAAUAAAUUGGUUUGCACCGCUGGGGGAUUCCCUCAACUCGAGAUCUUACAACUUAUGCACUGUCAUGUGGAUGAGUUCCAAGUGGAAGGAGGAGGAAUGCCAGUGCUUAAGGGUUUGUUGUUAGAAGAUUGUGGUGAUGUUUCAAAGCCAGAUAGACUACGCUCCAUCCCUGCCCCAGACCCCCCUUUGCAUUGGAAUGAGUGGGCUUACUAAGCAACAAUAAUAAGUUACCAUUGAGUUGAGGCGGCUGGUGUAAGAGGGGGAAUAUUGCAGGUUUGGAUAAUUUGUCUUUUCCCUUUCACGAAUAUUAUUUGUUCAAACAAGUGUGCUUGUUUUCUAGUUUUUUCAUUUGAUAAA